AUGUUACAUCUCUUUUCAAAACGUACAAUUACAGUAAUUUCUACUUCAAAGAGGACAAUAUGCGCUAAAAUUAAUACCUAUGCAACUGUAUCAUCUUCAGUUUCUUUGAGCUCAAGGCUACUAGUUCAGCGCCCACGAGUUUAUCCUCAGUUCUUUCAACCAAGUGCAUUUAGACAGUAUGCUACCAAAUCAAGAAAACAUGCCAAAUCUGUCCCUAAAUCGGCAAAUUCGGGAAAAUCAAAUCUCGUAGCCCAAAACAUAAAGGAAAAUUUACCAGGACUGGACAAUCAACCUCGACUGCUUGAUCGUCUGAGAGCCGCGGGUGCCAUCUCUGAUCUCCAAGCUCCCCCGAGUUUGUCCCAUUUUCAACGCCUCUUCGCUCCCUUUAUUUUCACAUCAGCCAUCUGUGGUGGUUCUUAUUACUUUGCCCAAACCUGGGUACCAGCACCGGUGGAAUCCCGUCUUUUCCCGACACUCCCGCAAUCGUUUACAACUGUUGCAGCGAUUAUUGCAGCCAAUUGCGCAAUAUUUCUGGCAUGGAAGGUCCCCCUCCCAGUCUCAUGGCGACUACUCAACAGAUAUUUUAUCUCUGUAGCGGGAUUGCCGAAUAGCUUCAGCAUGAUUGGAAGUGUCUUUUCGCAUCAGACCAUAGCUCAUUUGGGGCUUAACAUGAUUGCUUUAUAUAUGGGCGGAACUUCCCUUUGUGAUCAGAUAGGCCGGGGAAACUUUCUAGCACUUUACUUUUCAGCAGGAGCUGUAGCCUCAUUUACCUCUCUUGCGUACCAUGUUCUUGGGGCUAGAUUCCACAUCACUUCACUUGGAGCUUCAGGCGCAAUCAGUGGUGUCCUCGGCACAUAUGCUUAUUUCAACCCAGAACGCGUCCCCUUAGAGUUUAUUCCAUUGAAAGUUUCUCAGCUUGUUUGCUCUGGGGGUUGGCUUUUGCCUAUUGGAAAGAUCAGGAUUUCAAAAAGAAGAGAGAACUUGCCUGCGAAAACUCCGGCUAGCUUCCAUGGUAAUGAACUAGAGGAUUUUUCCCCCAUUUUACUUCGAGCUGUUUCUAUAGAAUAUCGGGUAAGAUUCAUAGAAAUAGAUAUUUCAGGCAGUAUGUACGUAGCGCGCAAAAAGGACCUUAAAAUGAGCGCAACUUCCCACCCGAUAACUCCGGAGUUCUUCCUCCAGGCGAUCCGUGAGCUCGAGCUUGAACAACUACACGCAGAAGCGGCACGCCUCGACCUCUCAUUAUACCAUCUCAGGCGCUCUCAGGUGCAACUGGAGGAAUUCAUGGAUGAUCCCGUAUGCAAGGCUGCGAUUGAGGAUAAUAAGGUCGUCAUCAAAGACCAGUCCGACAGAAUCGACAUGAUUAGGCUGGAGGUCGAAAGGAGGGGUUUCUCAAUGGAGCAUGGAGCUAGAACUGGGGGAACACUUGUCAAUGGCAGCGCAAAUAUUGAGCGGGAAGAAAGCAGCUUGGGCCCAGAGGUAGAGAUGGGUGGUACUGAUGCCGAAAGGGAAGAAGAAGGAGUUUAUCUGUGA